AUGCUAGUCCUUCUCGAAACAGCAGCGGGUUACGGCCUCUUUAAACUACAAAAGGACAAGAUCACCGCGAGUCCCGAUUCCGCUGCCGAAGCCCUAAGCACCCCCGAGGGAGUUCAGAAGGCUAUUCGCUUGGAUGCUUGGUCGGCCUUCAAGGACAACAAGCACGCUCUCAGCGCUUGUUCUGCCCUUAUCGAGGGGUCAAUGGACAAGAGUCUAAAGAAGUUCUUGAAGAAGAAUAUAGUCGAGGCCGGUGUUGAGGACGAACUAGCCGUCGCCGAUCUCAAGCUCGGCAGUGCCAUCAGCAAGAAGUUUGGUAUCCAGUGCGUAUCCAACGCCACUACCAACCAGCUUAUGCGUGGCAUCAGAGAGCAGCUCUCUACCUUGGUGGAAGGUCUCGAUGAUAAGGAGCAGAGGACCAUGGCCCUUGGUCUCUCCCAUACCCUCAACAGAUUCAAGCUGAAGUUCUCCCCCGAGAAGGUCGAUACCAUGAUCAUCCAGGCCGUGGCUUUGCUCGAUGAUCUGGACAAAGAGCUGAAUAACUUCGCCAUGAGGCUGCGUGAAUGGUACGGCUGGCACUUUCCUGAGCUCUCCAAGAUUGUUACUGAUAACUACUCCUAUGCUAAGGUUGUGAAGCUCUUGGGGUUCCGAACAAAUGCUAAGAAGUUGAGCGAGGAGGCUUGGGCUGACAUCAUGGCUGAUGAGCAAAUUGUUGCUGACAUCAAGACCGCCGCUGAGAUCUCCAUGGGUGUCGAGAUCACAGAGGAGGAUUUGGGCCACAUCCAAGAGUUGGCUGAUCGUGUCCUGGAGUUGACCGAGUACCGCGCAGCUUUGUCUGAUUAUCUCCAUCAUCGUAUGGAGGCCAUCGCCCCUAACCUCACCUACAUGGUCGGUGAGCUUGUCGGCGCUAGAUUGAUCGCCCAUGCUGGCUCUUUGAUGACUCUGGCUAAGCAUCCCUCUUCUACUGUACAAAUCUUGGGUGCUGAGAAGGCACUGUUCCGCGCUUUGAAGACUAAGCAAGAUACUCCUAAGUACGGUCUCAUCUACCAUGCCUCACUCGUUGGUCAGACUCAACCAAAGUUCAAGGGUAAGAUCUCCCGAGUGCUGGCUGCCAAGCUUUCGCUAUGCGCCAGAGUCGACGCUCUUGGUGAUCAGACUGAGGUUACUGUCGGUGAGGGAUAUAAGGAGUAUGUUGAGAGGAGGCUUCGGCAGCUUGAGGGAGGCAGCGUUGCUCAGGCGACCAAGGACUACUCUAAACCUGCUACUCAGAAGUACAGCAAGCCAGCGGGUGGUGUUCCUACGUACAAUACUGAAGCUGAUGCUGUGGUUGAGGAAGCUGAGAAUGCCGUGGACUCAAAGAAGAAGCGUAAGCACGAGAAGGUCGCUGAUGAUGAAGAUGAGGAGGUCGAGGUUGAUGUUGAUGUGGUUAAGACUAAGAAGAAGAAGUCAAAGAAGCAUCAUCAUCACAAAGAGGCCACCGAAGAGGAGUAGAGUUCUUCCCUUCCUCAACGUCAGAUUCAGUUUACC